GCGUUGGCCUUGGUUAACUCAUCUCUCUCUCUCUUUGUCCAUGUCCUUCACUCUAGUAUUAAAAACCCAAGCCACUAACAACCAACAUAACAAAGCAGAUAAGAAGCAAACCCAACCCAGACCCUGCUCUCUCUGCACCACUCUGUCUCUGUGUGUGUGUGUUUGUGUGCUGUGUCCACACUAAGGAGAAGCAACAUUUUUCUCUCAUUCCCUCAACUACAAAAACCAUUUAUGGACGCCCUCUUCUCCUCCCUCUCCUUCAUCUUCCUUCUCUUCCUCCUCAAGCUCACCGUCCUCCUAUGGUGGCGACCCAGAAAAAUUCAAGGCCACUUCUCCAAGCAAGGAAUCCGAGGACCCCCUUAUCGUUUCUUCAUUGGCAACGUUAAGGAACUUGUCGCCAUGAUGUUGAAGGCCUCCUCCAAACCCAUGCCUUUCUCCCACAACAUUCUCCCCAGAGUCCUUUCCUUCUACCAUCACUGGAAGAAAAUCUAUGGUGCAACAUUCCUAGUUUGGUUCGGACCCACCGUUCGUCUCACCGUCUCUGAUCCAGACCUCAUCCGGGAAAUCUUCACAUCCAAGUCAGAAUUUUACGAGAAAAACGAAGCUCCACCCCUGGUGAAGCAGCUGGAAGGCGAUGGCCUCCUCAGCCUCAAAGGAGAAAAGUGGGCUCACCAUCGAAGGAUUAUCUCUCCCACUUUUCACAUGGAGAAUCUAAAAUUGCUGAUACCGGUGAUGGCAACAAGCGUGGUCGAGAUGUUGGAAAAGUGGUCGGCAAUGGGUGAGAAGGGUGAGGUGGAAAUCGAAGUUUCGGAGUGGUUUCAGAGGCUGACAGAAGACGUGAUCACGAGGACGGCAUUCGGAAGCAGCUACGAAGACGGGAAAGCCAUAUUCCGGUUACAGGGCCAGCAGAUGGACUUGGCCGCCGACGCCUUCCAGAAAGUAUUCAUUCCGGGUUACAGAUUUGUGCCCACAAGGAGGAACAUAAAGUCGUGGAAGUUGGAGAAGGAGAUAAAGAAAUCGCUGGUGAAGCUGAUAGAGCGACGGAGGGAGAAUUCGGAGAAGGUGGUGGAGAAGGGGGCGAAGGAUUUGUUGGGGCUGAUGAUCGAGGCGUCGAACAGGAAUUCGACGAAUGUGACAGUGGAUGACAUUGUGGAAGAGUGCAAGAGCUUUUUCUUUGCAGGGAAACAGACCACAUCGAACCUGCUGACGUGGACGACCAUUCUCCUAGCUAUGCAUCCACAGUGGCAGGUACGGGCACGUGAGGAGGUUCUGAAGAUGUGUGGAUCACGUGAGCUUCCGACCAAAGACCAUGUCGCAAAGCUGAGGACGGUGAGCAUGAUCGUGAACGAGUCGCUGAGGCUGUACCCGCCGACGAUCGCCACAAUAAGACGUGCGAAGACGGACGUGGAGUUGGGGGGGUACAAGAUACCACGAGGGACGGAGCUGCUGGUUCCAAUCCUGGCCGUUCAUCACGAUCAGGCCAUAUGGGGAAACGACGCGAACGAGUUCAAUCCUGGGCGUUUCAGCCAGGGGGUGGCCCGCGCCGCGAACCAUCCUCUGGCCUUCAUACCCUUUGGGGUUGGUGUUCGCACAUGCAUCGGACAAAACCUGGCAGUGCUACAAACCAAACUGGCCCUCGCAAUCAUACUCCAGCGUUUUAGUUUCAGGUUGGCCCCUAGUUAUCAGCACGCACCAACGGUCCUCAUGCUACUCUACCCUCAGUACGGCGCACCAAUCAUUUUCCAACGCCUCUCCACUCCUCCUACUACUCUUCCCGACGCAACUGUAUAGUAUAGCUACCUUCUUCACCUCACCUCAACUCAACUCAACUCAACUCAGCCACCAAACCACCACCUUCCUCUCUUUUUUCUCUUCUUUUUAAAUUUAUUCCACUCAACCUACUGACUCUACCACCAUCGACUCAAACCAGUACAUGCCUAACAAUUUCCUGCUUCUCUUCACCUCUCUAUCCUCUGUAUAUUUUCCUUCAUUUUUUCUUUUCUUUUUUACAGGGAUUUGUAAUUUUGUAAUGAAUUUUUGGCCCUUUUCUUUUCUCAUUAUUUUCUAUUCU